AUUUUCUUUAAAAAUGAUUAAAAGUGGUUGGUGAUGCAAAAAUAAGGUUUAAAGAUUUCCUAAUUAGGGACAAGGAAAAUGACUUAAUUGAGUUCUAUUAGUUAGUACAACUAAAUAGUUAAUAUAGUGCAUUAAAAAUCAAUAAGAAGAAAUAUUAUUUUUCCUUUUCACGCUCUGUCUAGUUGAAGUUGAAAUGGUACAACAUAGAUAUAGAAAAUGAUGUAAUAAGAUAACUAAUGAUUCUUUUUUGUUGUAAUGAGAAAUUGGGAAUGGUGAAUAAUACACUUUUUCAACAUCUUUUUUUGUUUAUUAAAAACUACAAAAAUAUUCAAGGCAAUUGUGUUGUUCAAUGGUGAUUGGUGAAGAAAAUACAUAAGCCCUUCAAAUAUAUAUAUAUUAUAUUUGGUAAGAAAGGGCAAAGAGACUAGAACAACCACUUUUCACUUGUCAGCAUAUAAUUUUAUUCAGUCUUAGACAAAAACUUUAUAGGCUAUAUAUGCCCACGGAGUAGAAACAGUCGCACAACCAAAACUUAGCUUUUUUGCAUUCAACAGUAUAAAAUUUACAUGUUCGAAACUUCGAAGCAAAAGAUAUGCACCAGCCGGGAAUCGAACCCGGGUCUGUACCGUGGCAGGGUACUAUUCUACCACUAGACCACUGGUGCUCUGUGAAAUAUGUACAUUUAACAUUUUAUAAUUCCUAUAUUUUGUUUUGGGCAUGCAUAUUCAUACGUUAAUGUUCUAUAGCAAUGCCAUUCUUGCAAAUUCGCAUAUGAGCUCCACUGAAGGAAUCUUCCCAGAAGAUUGGAAUUUAUAAAUAAACUCCUAAUUAUUUUCCAUGUGUCUUUAUAUUAAUUAUUUUAAAUGAAUAAUUUAUUGUCUUUGUUUGUUGGAGGUACACAUGCAUGGUCCAACUAGUCAUUUGUCUUCUCCAUAAAUAGCCAUCUCAGAGUUGAAGUCAUUCAUACAUACAUUCAAAUCUUACCGAACAGUCUUCAUACAUAUAUAUUUCCUAACCUUUUUAUUCACUUCGUGUAAUCUAGAAAUUAUAACUAUCUCUAAUUAUUAUUGCUAUGGCUAAAUGCAGUUUGACUACCAUGGUUUUACUACUAGUAGUGCUGAUUCUCAUCCAAGAAUCUCAGAUCGUUGACGCUCGACCUCUGAAAUAUUUGGGGAUCUCUAGUAUCCCGAAGAAAACUGGUGAUCGCGGUUUGAAUAUUUCAAGCAAGUUAGAGACAGAAGAUCAUUCCUUGGAUGCGUUCCGGCCUACCAAACCCGGGAAUAGUCCAGGAAUCGGUCACUAGCUAUAUGUUGGUGUGACAAAAUAAGAUGCAAGGGUUUUCUUUAGGCAUUUAAUUGUGACAGUAAGAUGUCGUUGUGAGUGCAUCAUGUAUUUUCUGGGGUUUAUACGUAUUCCUCGUUGUGUUUCCGUGAUGUGUGAUCCAUCACGCUUGUACUUUAAUAUCGAACCGCUUUGUGUUAUGCUACUUUAUUCUCUCCUUCUUCGUUUGUCUAAUACAGUUUUCUUCCUACAGUGACAUAUAUUGCCACAUUAUGAUUGACUGUGCACACCAAUUUUGAUUAUUUUGCCUUCCGUUUCCAUGCACAAGUAACACCGAGCUUAUAUAUGUUGUUCGUAAACAAGAGAGUGCAUGAUUAUGUCGGAAGGUUCUUUAACUUUUUUGCUCCGUGGUUUUUAUUACACAUAAUUAAUGGUCCGACAAUUCCGCAGUUACACCUGAAGACAGGUAUUUCAUAACUGAUACGAACUGAAUCAGUCGCUUACACAUCCAUAUCGACACAUCCGUAUCGGUCGUAUUUUUACCAGUAUAGCUCAGAUGUUAAACGAAGUUUCUUUUACGACAUUCGAACAUCGGCAUCUUUUCACCAACCAUGGACUUUACAUUUAUUAAAAAAGAUUAUAUUAAAUGAAGCAUGUAAAUCAUAUUUGACAAAGACGUCCGAGGUAAGCUUAAAGCGGAAACUAUAUGGUGGAUCCAUUAAUUAGGAGUUGUCUUAGAGCAUGAUUAAUCGGAGUUCUUAGGGUGGGUGAGUUCUUAACUGAAUAUAAGAAACUGUCUCUUAACUUUUAACUAAAAAAACUAAAAUAUUUAAGAGUCGGUUCUUAAUUUCUUUAGUUAAAAAUUAAAAGACGGUUUUUCAUAUUCCACUAAGAACCCACCCUAAAAAACCUCCAUUAAUCAUGGUCUUUCGAGUUGGAGCCUGGAGCCAAACCCCCAACUAUUUAGAACAUAAACAAGCAGUUACACCCUGAUAUUUCUGCUUUGUGUUAGGUCUCUGAUAUAAAUAAAAUUAAAAUUAGGUUUCAAGAGAAGAGAGAAUGUAAAAAGUAUCCUGUUACUUGUAAGAAGAAAAUUUAUACAUUUUAACAAAUGAGUGGACUUUGUAGAAUUUACUUUUACUAUUAAAGAAACAAAAAAGCAUAUAUUAUUUUUACUAUGCAAGAAGAACGUCAGCUUGUUCUAAAAGAAUCUGUUAGCUCAAAAAUGUUGAAUUUGAUAGGAAUUAUUGUGGAUUUAUCUAGGCAAUUCGACAACUAAAUUUUACUGGUUUCUAUCAGUGUUAUAGCCGUGUGUCACUUCGGAAAAAAAUCGAAGAAUGUUUUGGACAAGUAUUAAAAUAAGCUAAAGUCCGAGAAUAAUAUUUUGUUCUUAAUCAUGAUGGUGGGGCUGACCAAAGAUUAUGCUGGUCUCUAGAUCUUUAAAUUAACGGUUGAGGCUGAUUUGAAAGCUAAGAGCCAACUAACCUAUUUUCCAAAUUUGGUUUAAUACUUGAUUAAUGAAUAGAGGUCACAACUCACAAGCUAUAGUGGCCUUAGGGCAUAUGGAAUAGAGGCAAAAGACAGUCUGUUCUUAUACUAUUAUAAAGAUUUUUUCUUUCAUUGUACCGUAGUAUAUUUGAGAAUUAUAAAAGGUGUAGCUCUUGAGAAGUUUGAAGGGUGGCUUGAAGCUAGGUUAUUAUAGAUUUUUUUUGUUAAAUGAUAUAAUAAGCACCAAAUGGUCUUUAUGCACUUAGCCUUUUAAUUUAGGUCUUACAGAUACUGUUUAUAAGAUUGCAAAGUGAGAGAACGUAGAAGCUUGGUUUUGGUGAAGAUGAGUCUGGUUAACGAUCCUCAGAACUUGUUAGCAGACUCUCAUACCAGGUUUGAAAGUUUCUGCAAACAAUGGGGCUAAUGAAGAAUUUUUAAUAAAAACUAAAACGUAAUGGUAGAUAAUUAUUUUUUUUGGCAAAAGAGAAUAGGAAUAAUAUGAAGUUUUCUUUCCCACAAAAACUAAGAUCCAUGGUAAUGAAAAUCAUAGAAAAUUAUCACCAACCUAAUUAAGUGGGCUUAAAUCUACAUGGUGGAUCAAUUUAUUGUGUUUUUAUUUUAUUUUUAUUGUUUAUAUAUAUGCUUAUAAUAUAAAUGCCUAACUAUUUUGUUCAUCCCCAAAUAGAUACAUAAAAACUAAUUUUUAACUUUUGUUUGUCCUCCUUCCAUUUGCUCCAUAAAUAAUGAAAUCUUCUAGUGAAAAGAAAAAGAACCAGUGAAAUAUGAAAUGCGCCAUACAUAUGAAAUGAUGGCUGCUCGACUGGUAUUGUUUGUUGGUAAAUGAACUUGCAAAACAAAACUGAAGAGCAGAACAAAACUAAAAGUUUUUCUUGAUCACAAAGCUAAUAAUUGUUGCGGACGGUCUUGGAUCCUCCAGAGUGAGUUAAUGCAAGAACCACAGUCGUGAUAUACGUAAUAGAAGCUUGAGAAAGGGAUAGUUAAGACUUAAGAGCAUCAUUUGUAUUGGCCUUAUUUCAAAUAAUGAAAACUUGUGGCCGAGGAAAAGAAAAAGAGUGUUAACCUAAUUGUUUCUUCUUCUUCUUCCUAAAUACUGGAGAAGAGAUGGAGAGGUUCGUAUCGAGGAAGGGGAAGACAACGGCUACUGCCGAUAAUGUGCUAUUGCUGCCAUCGUCUCCGUCACUUCCAUAUGAUUUGGUACUGAUGAUCGUGGCACGCGUUCCAAGAGUGUACUACCGGACUCUGUCACUAGUCUCCAAGAGCUUUCGAUCGAUGGUGGCUUCACCUGAGCUUUACAAGGUCAGGUCAGUCUUGGGCCUCACGGAGAGGAGUUGUCUCUAUGUGUGCUUGAGGUUCGGGUUGAGUUCUUCUUCUUGUAAGUGGUACACCCUCUCCUCCAAGAGUAUUGGCGGCGGCUAUGUUUUGGCUCGAGUCCUAAUGCCCAAUGACGAUUAUCCUGAUGUGGUGGGUUCGAGUUAUUCAGAUCUUGUGGCUGUUGGUUCUGAUAUCUACAACAUUGGCACCCAUCUACGAGGAGGGGUCUCGAUUCUUGAUUGCAUUUCUAACACGUGGCGUAAGGCUCCAAGCAUGCCAGUGGAGCUGGAGUCACUUUCUGCCGAGGUCCUUGAUCGAAAGAUAUAUGUACUAGGACGAAGCUAUCAUCAUCAAGAUGGUUCCUGGAAGAACUGGCUCCAUAUAUAUUCAACACAAAUACGCAAACUUGGGAUCUCCCUUGCUGUGGAUUGGACCUGGCCUGUCACACUUUUGUCAUUGACGGAAAGCUCCACGGGGUAAAUUAUUUUGCUAUUUUUAUUUUGGAAUGACUUUUUCAAAUUCUAAUCGGCAAUUUUAUUUUUAAGUUUCUAUGGUCCUUGUACUCUCUUUACAUGAUCAUGGUCCUACUACUCUUACAUCAUGAAAGUUUACAGAGCAGUUCUACUACUCUAAUGUUGAAGUCAACAAUAAUGAAAUACGCUUGAUCAACUCUAACGUUAAAGUUACAGGAUCUUGCUUCUUAAUAUAAGUUGAAGUUCGGUUGCACAUGUCUACAUCGCUUAUGAAAUGCAAGAGAAGAAAUCACUUUCAACAAAUCGCCCUGAAAACGAUUGCUUCCUUGUCUUCAUUGGUAAAUGUUGUACAGUUUAUAAUGAAGAUUUUAUUAUACAUAACGUUGAAUAAAGUUGUACAGUUUAUAUAUGCAUAGUACGUAGCAGAUAUAUACUAUCUUCUAAUAUGAAGUUAUGAACAAUCGUAUUUUUAUUGCUUGCAUAGAGGCAUGCUUUACUAUUUCUUUACUGCUUUUUACACACAACAGAAACUAAUUGUAACCUCUCUCUUUUUGUGAAAAUAAGAAUGGCAUAUGAAAUGAUGACUCGACUGGUAUUGUUGCUCGUAAAUGAACUUGCAAAAGAAAAAGU